CCCAGGGAGGGAGGAGUUUGUCCCCAAACCAGCUCCAGUUUCAACAAGUGGUUCUUUUCCAGAGAAGGAGAAACACACACUGGCUGCUAUUUAAAGAAGGAAUUACUAGAUUCACUAUUUUUUUUUUUUUUUUAUUAUUAUUUUAUUUUAGUGCCAUUGAUUUCUCAUCAGUGAAUUCCUCAGGGAGUAUAAGAAGAUGGGUGGAGGGGAUGGGCGGGAGUACUCGCCUGCGGCGACAAACGCGGACAAUGGCGGGGGCAAGAAGAAGCAGAAAGAGAAGGAGAUGGACGAAUUGAAGAAGGAAGUGACCAUGGAUGACCAUAAACUCUCUCUGGAUGAAAUAGCAAGAAAAUAUGGCACUGAUCUGGCCAAGGGCCUGACAAACACGCGUGCGGCAGAAGUGCUGGAACAGGACGGGCCGAACGCCCUCACGCCUCCGCCCACCACCCCCGAGUGGGUGAAGUUUUGCCGCCAGUUGUUCGGGGGUUUCUCCAUUUUGUUGUGGAUCGGUGCCAUUCUCUGCUUUCUGGCCUACGGCAUACAAAUCGCCAUGGAGGAUGAGCCAAUCAAUGACAAUCUGUACCUGGGCGUAGUCUUAGCCGCCGUCGUUAUUGUGACCGGAUGCUUCUCUUAUUACCAAGAGGCCAAAAGCUCCAAAAUCAUGGACUCCUUCAAGAAGAUGGUGCCCCAGCAAGCUCUGGUGAUCCGCGAGGGAGAGAAGCUGCAGAUCAAUGCUGAGGCUGUGGUGGUUGGAGAUCUGGUGGAGGUGAAAGGGGGAGACCGGGUUCCAGCUGACAUCAGGAUAAUCGGAUCCAAUAGCUGCAAGGUGGACAACUCCUCGCUGACCGGAGAGUCAGAGCCGCAGACCCGCUCCCCAGAGUUCACCCAUGAAAACCCACUUGAGACCAGGAACAUCUCAUUCUUCUCAACUAACUGCGUGGAAGGGACAGCCCGGGGUAUUGUCAUAGCCACAGGAGACCGCACUGUAAUGGGCCGCAUCGCCACGUUGGCUUCAGGCCUGGAAGUAGGCCGCACACCUAUCGCCACGGAGAUAGAACACUUUAUUCACAUCAUUACCGGAGUGGCGGUCUUCCUAGGAGUCUCAUUUUUUGUCCUAUCCCUCAUUCUUGGGUACUCCUGGUUGGAAGCUGUUAUCUUCCUGAUUGGAAUUAUUGUAGCCAAUGUGCCAGAAGGUCUCCUGGCCACAGUCACGGUGUGUUUGACCCUAACGGCAAAGAGGAUGGCCCGUAAAAAUUGCCUGGUGAAGAACCUGGAGGCUGUAGAGACCCUGGGCUCCACCUCAACCAUCUGCUCUGACAAGACAGGAACCUUGACCCAGAACCGAAUGACCGUGGCUCACAUGUGGUUUGACAACCAAAUCCACGAGGCGGACACCACUGAGGACCAGUCAGGAACCACAUUUGACAAACGAUCCCCCACCUGGACCUCGCUGUCUCGGAUUGCUGGUCUUUGUAACCGCGCUGUUUUUAAAGUUGGCCAAGACAAAAUUCCUAUUUCCAAGAGAGACACUGCAGGGGAUGCAUCAGAGUCGGCUCUUCUCAAGUGCAUCGAGCUGUCCUGUGGCCCUGUAAGGAAGAUCAGAGACCGAAAUCCAAAAGUGGGCGAAAUCCCAUUUAACUCCACCAACAAAUAUCAGCUGUCUAUUCACGAGCGAGAGGACAGUCCGGACAGUCACCUUCUGGUGAUGAAGGGGGCUCCAGAAAGGAUCCUGGACAGGUGUUCCAGCAUCAUGAUGCACGGGCAGGAGCAGCCGCUGGACGAGGAGAUGAGAGACGCCUUCCAAAAUGCCUACUUUGAACUUGGAGGGCUGGGAGAGCGAGUAUUAGGGUUCUGUCACAGUUACUUGCCUGCGGAGAAUUUCCCACGGGGAUUCAAGUUUGACACAGAGGAACUCAACUUCCCCAUCACCAACCUGUGCUUCAUAGGCCUGAUCUCUAUGAUUGACCCCCCCAGGGCCGCUGUACCGGACGCCGUUGGAAAGUGUCGCAGUGCCGGGAUUAAGGUCAUCAUGGUAACAGGAGACCAUCCAAUUACUGCCAAAGCCAUUGCCAAGGGUGUUGGCAUCAUCUCCGAGGGGAAUGAGACAGUGGAAGACAUUGCAGCUCGUCUUAACAUCCCCGUAAACCAAGUAAACCCCAGAGAGGCGAAGGCUUGUGUUGUUCACGGCUCCGAUCUGAAGGACAUGACCUCAGAACAGCUGGACGACCUGCUGAAGAACCACACAGAGAUUGUAUUUGCCCGCACCUCACCGCAGCAGAAGCUGAUCAUCGUGGAGGGCUGUCAGAGACAGGGCGCUAUUGUGGCUGUCACAGGGGAUGGCGUGAAUGACUCUCCGGCCCUAAAGAAAGCAGACAUCGGAGUAGCCAUGGGUAUAGCAGGAUCCGACGUCUCCAAGCAAGCCGCCGACAUGAUCCUGCUGGAUGAUAACUUUGCCUCCAUUGUGACCGGGGUGGAGGAAGGCCGACUUAUUUUCGACAACCUGAAGAAGUCCAUCGCUUACACACUCACCAGCAACAUCCCGGAGAUAACGCCAUUCUUAUUCUUUAUCAUCGUCAACAUUCCGCUGCCACUGGGCACAGUCACCAUCCUGUGUAUUGAUUUGGGCACAGACAUGGUACCCGCCAUCUCUCUGGCAUACGAAGCUGCGGAAAGUGAUAUAAUGAAGAGACAGCCCCGGAACCCAAGGACAGAUAAACUGGUGAACGAGCGGCUAAUCAGCAUGGCAUACGGGCAAAUUGGUAUGAUCCAGGCGCUCGGCGGGUUCUUCACCUACUUUGUAAUUCUGGCAGAAAACGGGUUCCUGCCUUCUCGGCUGAUCGGCAUCCGCUUGGACUGGGAUGACCGGUCAUGUAACGAUGUAGAAGACAGCUACGGGCAGCAGUGGACGUACGAACAGCGAAAGGUGGUGGAGUUCACUUGUCACACAGCAUUCUUCGCCAGCAUCGUGGUGGUACAGUGGGCGGAUCUGAUCAUUUGUAAGACCAGGAGGAACUCAGUCUUCCAGCAAGGAAUGAAGAACAAGAUACUGAUAUUUGGCCUUCUAGAGGAGACUGCUCUGGCCGCUUUCUUGUCCUACUGCCCUGGAAUGGACGUGGCUCUUCGAAUGUACCCACUUAAAGUUACCUGGUGGUUCUGUGCCUUCCCGUACAGCUUACUGAUCUUUGUGUAUGAUGAGGUGCGCAAGCUGAUCCUACGUCGUGACCCAGGAGGAUGGGUGGAGAAGGAAUCCUACUAUUAAAGGUUACGCGGAACGGACGCCAUCUUGGGAACAGUUCGAGCGCUGUAGAUAUAUACCGGCUGUGUGACAACGCUGUUGGCUUUAAAGUUAAACAGUAAGAGGACCGAUUGGUGGCAAUAAAUUUUAAAAAAUUUUUAUUUUGAAUGCGUUGUAUAAGCUCGGUGUUGGGUGACUAAGAUCUAGCCACCAAUCGCCCCAGCCGUAACAAGGAAUGGGACCCUCCAGACCUAAUCCUAGACUAGAAGAAUCCGACGGAACCAGUCACCAACUCUUAACGUCUACGCAACUAACUCCUCUGCCCGCUAGGACCUAACGUCACCUCCAGCUGUUCCUUCUGUAAGAUCUGUACAGUGAUUCGCAUUCUCUUGUCUGACACAGUACCCCAGGCACAUGUACCCUGUACUUUACAUAACAUAUAUGUUUAUAAAAAUGAACUGGUCA